CUAUGGUGACGCAGAGGCCGCAUCCACGCGUCCAGGGAAGCUGGUCAGGUCGCUGGGUGCCUCUGUUCUCCCUGUCCAGGCUGCGGCCGCAUUGUGGAGAGGCAGAGGGCGUGGGACGCGGGUCCCCACCAUCUCACAGGAACAAAACAGACAGACAACCCAAAUCACAGCGACUCUCCUUGCACACUGGUGGUGGCGUCUGAAUCGGCGGCAACAUUUCCGUGUUCCUUGGCCGACUCUGGUGCUUGUGUUUGUCACCAUCACUUCUGUUAACCUUCCAGGAGCUAGGGAUGCUACAUUGCCAUAGCUGAGAAACAUACCCAGACAUGGAAAACUUCGUCCUGUAUGAGGAGAUUGGCAGAGGAAGCAAGACCGUUGUGUAUAAGGGACGUCGGAAGGGGACAAUCAAUUUCGUGGCCAUUCUUUGUACUGAAAAGUGCAAACGGCCCGAAAUAACCAACUGGGUCCGUCUCACCCACGAAAUCAAACACAAGAACAUUGUGACUUUCCAUGAAUGGUACGAGACCAGCAAUCAUCUCUGGAUGGUGGUGGAGCUGUGCACAGGUGGUUCUUUAGAAACUGUGAUUGCUCAGGACGAGAACCUCCCAGAAGAUGUCGUGAGAGAGUUUGGGGUGGAUCUGGUCAUGGGGCUUCACCAUCUCCACAGGCUUGGCAUCCUCUUUUGUGACCUUACUCCUGGGAAGAUACUCUUGGAAGGGCCUGGAACACUGAAGUUCAGCAAUUUCUGCCUGGCAAAGGUGGAAGGAGAGAGUCUGGAGGAGUUCUUUGCCUUGGUGGCGGCAGAAGAAGGAGGCGGUGACAGUGUGGAAAACACACUGAGGAAAAACACGAGAAACCGAGUCAGAGGCUCUCCAAUAUAUGCGGCACCAGAAAUCAUAAAGGGAACCGACUUUUCCGUCACCAGUGACCUCUGGUCUUUGGGCUGUCUGCUUUAUGAAAUGUUCUCAGGCAAACCCCCGUUCUUCUCAGAAACCAUGUCAGAAUUAGUUGAGAAGAUUCUGUAUGAAGACCCGUUGCCACCGGUCCCAAAGGACUCGUCCUUCCCCAAAGCUUCUUCAGAUUUCGUUAAUCUGCUGAGUGGACUCCUACAGAAGGAUCCUCAGAAGAGGUUGUCAUGGGAGGGAGUCCUGCAGCAUGCCUUCUGGAAGGAUACCCUGCAGAGAGAGGACGCCGACUUGGCCUCCGAGGACUGCAGCUUCAGUAGAAACGUCACAGAAUGUUCUGGGCCGCAUGAUUCCAGGGAGCUUUCGCAGAGCCCUCAGAACGGACAGGCAAAAGGGCAGGAGGGAGCUCAUCGGCUCAGCCAGUCUUUCCGGCUAGACAACGCGACUGAGCUGAGGCCCAAGAGUACCACAGGGGGCCAGCUGAAUGAAUCCAUAUUCCUCCUCAGCUCACGGCCCACUCCAAGGACUAGUGCCAUGGUGGAGUUAAGUCCUGGAGAGGGUGAGGCUGCCAGCUCGCCACAGACCUCUCCUUUGUCCAAGGUGACCCGUGGGCAUCUGAGCCAGGGGGCCCUGGAGUUCCAGAUGAGGCAGCUGAUUUACACGGACUCGGAUCUUGUGACCACUCCAAUUAUCGACAACCCUAAGAUAACGAAACAACCUGCAAUCAAGUUUGAUCCAAAAAUCUUGCACCUACCGGCUUAUUCUGUGGAUAAGUUGCUGCUCCUGAAGGACCAGGACUGGACCGUCUUCCUGCAGCAGGCCUGUUCCCAGAUUGACUCCAGCGAGAAGAGCGCAGGGGCGGCGCGAGCCAAGCUGAACUUCCUGUGCUAUCUGUGUGUGGUGGCUGCUCACAAGGAGGUGGCCACCAGGCUGCUCCACUCACCGCUGUUCCAGUUGCUAAUCCAGCAUUUGCGAAUAGCUCCAAACUGGGAUAUACGGUCCAAGGUUGCUCGCGUGAUUGGCUUGCUGGCCUUGCACACCACAGAACUUGAGGAAAAUGUGCCAGUUAUCGAGGCGAUCACACUCUUAACGGAAUUAAUCCGGGAGAACUUCAGGAGCAGCAAGCUGAAGCAGUGCCUCCUGCCCACACUUGGGCAGCUCAUCUACCUCGUUGCCACCCAGGAAGAAAAGAACCAGCACCCCAGGGACUGCUGGACUGUGCCCUUGGCUGCGCACACCGUGCUGAUGAGGUGCCUGCGGGAAGGGGAAGAGCGUGUUGUCAAUCACAUGGCUGCCAAGAUUAUCGAGAAUGUUUGCACAACAUUUUCUGCCCAGGCGCAGGGCUUCAUCACCGGGGAAGUCGGGCCUGUCCUGUGGCACCUGUUCAGACACUCCACGGUGGACUCCCUGAGGAUAACGGCCAUAUCGGCCCUGUGCAGAAUCACACGCCACUCUCCCACAGCCUUCCAGAACGUCAUGGAGAAGGUGGGACUCAAUGCUGUCAUUGGCUCCCUGGCCUCUGCCAUCUGCAAAGUGCAGCAGUACAUGCUGACGCUGUUCGCGGCCAUGCUGUCCUGUGGGAUUCACCUGCAGCGGCUGAUCCAAGAAAAGGACUUCGUGUCUACCAUCAUCCGUUUGCUGGACAGUCCGUCCACUGCCAUCCGAGCCAAAGCCGUCCUGGUGCUGCUUUACAUCCUGAUCUACAACCGGGACAUGCUGCUGCUGAGCUGCCAAGCGAGGCUGGUGAUGUACAUCGAGAGAGACAGCAGAAAGACCUCCCCAGGCAAGGAGCUGCAGGGUGGGAGCGAGUACCUGGCCAGGUGCCUGGAUCUCCUCAUCCAGCACAUGGUACAGGAGCCGCCGCGGAUCCUAGGCGACAUUAUUAAUGCUCUGGUCAAUGUGUCUGGCCGAAAGCACCCAUCAACGGUCCAGGGGAAGCAGCUGAAGAUGUGUCUUCCCAUGAUGCCCGUGGUGCUCCAUCUGGUCAUGUCUCAGGUGUUCCGGCCUCAGGUGGUGACGGAAGAAUUUCUCUUCAGCUACGGGACGAUUCUCAGUCACGUUAAGUCGGUUGACUCGGGAGAAACGAACAUAGACGGAGCCAUAGGGAUGGUGGCUUCGGAGGAGUUCAUCAAGAUCACCUUGUCCACCUUUGAAGCUGUGAUACAGUACCCCAUUCUGCUGGCCAACUACCGCUCUACGGUGAUUGAUUACAUUUUGCCACCCUUGGUCUCCUUGGUUCAAAGCCAGAAUGUGGAGUGGAGACUCUUCAGCUUGCGGCUGCUCUCUGAGACCACGGCCCUACUGGUGAGCCAGGAGCCAGAGGAUGGUGAUGAUGAGGCCGGCUGUGAUCCCGACAGCAACCUUCUGGCACUCUUCAGGGACGAGCUGCUCCCCCAGUAUGAGCACAUCCUCAUGGAGCCUGACCCAGUUCCCGCCUAUGCUUUGAAGCUGCUCGUUGCCAUGACGGAACACAACGCGGCUUUCACCAGGCUUGUGGAGGAAAGCAAACUGGUCCCGCUCAUUUUCGAAGUGAUUCUGGAACAUCAAGAGAGCAUUCUGGGAAACACCAUGCAGAGUGUGAUUGCAUUGCUCAACAAUCUGGUUGUGUACAAAGGCUCAAACAUGCAGCUGCUUUAUAAACAGGGACUUGUUGGCCAUGUCUGUAACAUGUUCACAGUAACUGCCACACUGUGUUUAGACGGGGACAACAAAAACAGCAUAGAGCCAGCGGCCACGCUGCUGGCCUCGCUGCUCGAUAUCCUGCUGGGAAUGCUGACACACACCUCUAGAGUUGUUCGGCAGGCUCUGCAGGCCCAGAAGUCAGGCUCAAGAGGGGACACACAGGCUGCAGAGGACCUGCUGCUGCUCAGCAAACCACUCACAGACCUCAUCAGCCUGCUUAUCCCACUGCUUCCCAGCGAGGACCCUGAGAUCUCCGAGGCGUCAUCCAAGUGCCUGUCUAUCCUCGUGCAGCUGUAUGGAGGAGAGAACCCCGACAGCUUGUCCCCAGAAAACCUGGAGACCUUUGCCAAUCUCCUGGUGACCAAGGAGGACCCGAAGGACCAGAAGCUUCUGCUGAGGAUCCUCAGGAGGAUGGUCACCUCCAGUGAGAAGCACCUGGAAAGCAUCAGGAACACUGGCGACCUUCUGCAGGCCCUGAGGCGCCUGGCUCUGGCUCACAGCUCGCCUGUUGACACCACUGUGGCUUCCUUGGCCCUAGAACUCCUCCAGGCUGUUGGGCACUAGACAAGGCCGCACAAGGGCUCAUGGUCAGCUGCACCGUGAGGUCAGAUCCCGCACAUUUCUCCUUCCCACCAGCCUCAAGUGGAGCUAAUAAAACCACCGGGCCAGAAGCUGAAGCCUCAAGCCCUCUUCUUCCCUCUGCAGAGGCCAAGCAAGCCUCGGGGCCCCUCUGCAGCAGCUCCGGACCUCACCUUCCCAUGGUGUUCGGUAGCCAUUUCCUUUCCUUCUCAGCAACAGAGAAUUCCAAGAAUUUUAGGGAGGCCUGGGUGAGAUUCACACAGCAGUCCAGUGUGCAAGUGAGUGUGGAACACUAGCGUCCAUCCAGCUAGGGGGGAUGGCGAUGAACCAGCAGAAUUGUUCAUCCCUCAGACUUUACCAUUUCUGCCAAGUGCUAAAGGUCUGGUGGAUGCUCAAGGUUGUGAGGCUGCUGUGUGGAGUGGGGCCUGGGCAGUUUCAACUAGAUGACCUUAGGCCUCUGGAACAGCUUUGAACCAGGUUUCUGGCCCACUUGCCGCUCUGGGCUGCUUCUGCGGGGAGGGGUGUGCACAGCCAGACCAGGUCAGGCAGGCAGGCAGGCAGAGUAUCCCUCUGUAGCAGGGAGCACGGGCCUACAUUCACUGGCAGCCCUGCUGUGACAUGAUCUCGAUAGCCUGCCAGCUCCAAUUUAGCCUCACGACGAAAACAGCAACACUGCCUGACCACAUCAAAGGCAGCCAUGCCAAUUACCUUUAGUCCCCACAGCCACCUGCAAGGGCCUCAGCUUCCUCUUGCCCACAAGGCUCCAUGGCAUGACUGGUUCAGGUUGAGCAGCCCCAAGCAGGACUUGGCUGAAAGCUCCAAGACUUCACAGGGCUCCAGCGGUGUCACCAGGGGCCGUGCGGCUCAGUGGUCCUGGCCUGGAUGCAUUAUGAACCGAGUGGGCAGGUGCUCUAAGAGAGAGGACUAGGUCUUAUCUCCCUUUGUUCUGUGCUUGAGCUCUGGAAUCCUGCAGGGAACUGCUUCAAAGCAAUGGGACAUUCCUCCUCCCCUCUCUCCCCCUUUCAGCAGAACACAGAGCAAUCUAAAACAGGAAGGCUUUAACAUUCCAGAACGUUCUGUUAGGUGGCUGGCUUACAGACGAGGGGCCUGGUGGUGUGAAGUAGAGCUCCUGUCUUACUAGAGGCUAGGCCUGCCUGGCCACUUCCCUCCCCCACAAAUUGCCGUGGAGACCAUGAGCGCGCUGGGUAGAGAGAGAGAGCAAAUACAAUUCCUCCUUUGCCUUCCCUGAGCUCUAGGAUUCUGGUGGUGGCCAGCAGUCCAGACCCAGGCUUCUGCCUCCACCGCUCAGUCUUACUAAGCACACAAGUGACAGGGAGGUGGCUGCCCAGGCCCUACCUUCGCCCUCUCCAACAGCUCCCAGCUCAAGCCCUUUGCUUUAACCCACAGCCUGAGAGCAGGGCGGGAUAUGCUGGCUCUCAGGAAACUCCAGAGGGUAAAUGGCCACAACCAUCCUGGAGGAUCCUUAGGUAGCAAUGGCGGUCGGCUAUAGGCUCACUGCCAUGCCCACGUCUUUUGUUUCCUGCAUGAACUCCCAGGAUACGGGGCUGACGUUUUCCUGUGCUCUGGCAGCUCUGGCCGUUAACAAGGUGAGUGUAGGAUUCGCGUCUCCCCAAUGGACAGCUCACAAGGUGUCCUUUACCGCCUUCCCCAGCACUGAAACUAGAAAGCACUAAUAAAUCUCCCCGGGUGCAGCAGCCCCAGCCUCACCCAUGCUAGAGGCAGCAUAAAAAGGUCCUAUCCUUGACCUCGCCGGCAGCUAGGAGUCCUGGGGUAGAGGACUAGUUGGUUUAGACAAGAGCCGGCAGGCCCAGAAACAGAUUCUGUUGAACUCUGUGCAGCAGGUGUUCACAAGGUGGCCCUGGUUCUGCUGUCACUUGUUUUGCAUGUUCAAGACCCCGAAUACCCCAAGGCCUGCAGCCACGAAAGCCUUGUUCUCUGCUUUUCUAUUUAUGUAUCUCACAGCGAUUUUCUGUCAAACCCAGCUCUAUGAAGGAUCACUGAAGAAUGGUCAGACAACAGCUUGCUGAGCUGCUGGGGUUACUGCUAUCCGGUGCUUUGCCGAACUGCACCUCAAGCCCUGAAUGCAGUAAUUCUAUUGGCCCCACCCAAUAUGAACAAAGGGGCAGGGUUUCCAUUGCUCAAGCAGAUAUACACAUGGCGCUGUUCCCGGCCCAGCUGUCUGGACCUCUCCUUUUGAAAAAGCAUGCAUGCCUUUCUGGGAUCAGUUCCUGCCUUCUACCUUGUCUGGACCCCAGCUGGCACCUCUGGGAAGGACUUCCUCACAGGGCCCUCCUGUGAACUAGAAUGCUGGCUAACAGGCACAACCUUAAAACCCAGGAAGCCAAACAGCUCUCUCAGAAGACCCAAACAUGAGUCUUACCAGGUCUGCACAGGAAAUGCACCAAAGCUGCUUGCCAGACUCACCCCGAGGACAGCUCUGCUGGGCCCAUUCAGGUGCUGAUUCUGUCCAGAUAAACAUUAGCAUUUAAAAAGUGGAAGGGCUGCCCUCUCCAAGUGCUCCAAGUGUUCCUGUGCAGGGGAUGGUGCUGUCCAGGAGAGGCUGACUUGGCUUCAGCUUUAGUAUCACUCACUGUAACAGAGACUACUGUAGGAAGUGCGCUAAGGUCCUUGGCCGAGAAGAUAAAACUUGAAGGAGUGCUGGCUACACAGGCUUGCUGCGCCUUUGGGUCAGAAGCGCCAGGAUCAGUCAGUCACUUAUUUAAGGCGGAAACACCCACACUUCCUCUGGUUUGCCUGGUCUCUGAUGUAACAUUGCUAAUGGAUGCUGAACCCUGACAGCCUGGGCACCUUGAUGGCUCGUACCACAUCCCUCACCAUCCAUCUCAGGACAAACCACAGGACACAAGCGAAUGAAUUAAAAGUUUAAUUCUGAACCAUUUUAUAACCGUUUCUCUUGAAGCAUUGGAUCACAGCAGGUUACAACAACUUUGGGAUAAAAGGCAACUGGUAAACUGUCCAAAACAAGGCUCAAAUAACACCUCUUACUGAUGGACCCUAACGCACGUAUCCCCGAUAAAGUUUUUGUUCAAAAACAUGAAAUAGAUCCACCUGCUUGUUUUAAGCAUAUUAAAAAGGAAACUAAUCGGACCAUUUCUAUCUGUCUAUUUAUACAAAAGACUACACAAUGUUACACGUCUCCAGAUUAAGAUUAGCGUGACUAUGAAUUAGUGUUCUACACUGUUACUCAGUUCUUAGAUCAGAAAUCGGUGUAGCAGGUUCACUAGAACAUAACACUACGAGACUUAAAACUAACGGUUACUGCAGAAAAUGAAAGCUACUUCAAAGCAAGCAAAGUCAGUACCAUUACAGAUAUUAAAAAAAAAAAACAAAAACAAACAAAACAAAAAAACCAGCAAGGCUAGGGUUUGAUAA